UGGGACUGUCUCUUCUCUCCCAAGAUGCUGGGAAGAGUCCUGUGUGCAGUGUUGUUCAUGGGAGCCUUGCCAUCACUGGCUGAACUGUCCCAGGGCCACAUCUCAGUGGUCUUACUGGGAGCCACAGGUGAUUUGGCCAAGAAGUAUUUGUGGCAGGGACUAUUCCAACUCUACAUGGACCAAGUGAGCAGUGGCCACAGCUUCACGUUCCAUGGGGCUGCACUGACAGCGCUGGAGCCAGGGCAGAGGCUGAUGUUCGACGUGCUGAAGAAGCUGGCCUGUCCCCCAGAUGAAUCUCCCAACAGGUGUGCUGUGCUCAAGGACCAGUUCCUGAAGCUGAGCCAGUACCACCAGCUGAAGACUGCUGAAAACUACACAGCACUGAACAGAGAGAUCGAGGUGCUGCUUCAGCAGGAGGGGCUGCAGGAGGCUGGGAGGAUCUUUUACUUCUCAGUACCCCCAUUUGCCUACACAGAGAUCGCCCGUCACAUCAACAGCAGCUGCAGACCACCUCCAGGAGCCUGGCUGCGUGUGGUGCUGGAGAAACCUUUUGGCCAUGACCUGCAGUCAGCCCAGCAGCUGGCUGCAGAGCUCAAAAGCUUCUUCAGGGAAGAGGAGAUGUACCGGGUGGACCACUACCUUGGCAAACAGGCUGUAGCCCAUAUCCUGCCUUUUCGAGAUCAGAACCGACAGUUUCUGGAUCCCAUUUGGAACCGACAUCAUGUGGAGAGAGUGGAGAUUGUCCUGAAAGAAACUGUGGAUGCUAAAGGCCGCACCAGCUUCUACGAGCAGUACGGAGUCAUCCGGGAUGUGCUGCAGAACCACCUGACAGAGGCCCUCUUGUUCCUGACCAUGGAGCUCCCAGCCAACGUGAGCAGGGCUGAAGAGGUCUUGCAGUGCAAGCUGCAGGCCUUCCGGUCCUUGCGGCGCCUGGAGAAGAGCAGCGCCGUCUUGGGUCAGUACCAGGCAUAUGCCAGCCAAGUACAGGAGGAGCUGCAGAAGCCACAAGACUACAUCAGCACAACUCCAACCUUUGCAGGUGUGCUGGUCCACAGCGACAACCUGCGCUGGGAAGGGGUUCCUUUCCUGCUCACUUCAGGGAAAGCUCUGGAUGAAAGGGUAGGUUAUGUCCGUGUUCUCUUCAAGAACAGGGCCUACUGCACUCAGAGUGAGACCCUGAGGGAUGCAGGGCACAGCCAGUGUAAAGCCAAGCAGAUCAUCUUCUACAUCGGGCACGGGGUGCUCAAUACCCCUGCAGUGCUUGUGAGCAGGAACCUCUUCAGCCCUGUCAUGCCCAAAGGCAGCUGGAGGGAAGCAGUGACUCGGUCUGACCUGCACAUCUUUGGGCAGCCCUUGUCUGAUUACUAUGUGUACAGCCCUGUCAAAGAGAGAGAUGCGUACUCAGUCCUCAUCUCCAACAUCUACCAUGGCAGGAAGGACUUCUUCAUUACCACUGAGAAUCUGCUGGCCUCCUGGGGAUUCUGGACACCGCUGCUGGACAGCAUUUCUCACCACCCUCUGCGCCUCUACCCUGGGGGUGUGGAGAACCAGCACCUCUUAGACUUUGAAAUGGUGAGUGGGGAAGUGGAAUUCACUCUGGCAGAGCCAGAGGAGCUGCUGAACCCCAGCAGGCAGAUGCCAAGUGAUUACAAGACGAUCCAGUCCAAAUUUCGGCAAAGUCCCCUGAUCUCAGCGUGGGCCGAGGGCCUGAUUUCCCAGCUGGCUUCUGACAUUGAGAAGACAGCAAGCAGGACUGUGGCACACCGUGGGCAGUUCCACUUGGCCCUCUCAGGGGGCUCAAGCCCAGUGGUCCUAUUCCAGCGGCUGGCCAGACAUCAUUAUGCCUUCCCAUGGAAGGACACUCACAUCUGGCUGGUAGAUGAACGCUGUGUCCCUCUCACUGACACCGAGUCCAAUUUCUUCAGCUUGCACAACCACCUCCUGCAGAGUGUCAGGGUGCCCUACUUCAACAUCCACCCCAUGCCUGUGCACUUGAACCAGCGGCUCUGUGUGGAGGAAGACAGAGGCACAGAGCUGUAUGCCAAGGAGAUCAUGGCCCUGGUGGCCAAUGCCAGCUUUGACCUGGUGCUGCUGGGCAUGGGCACUGAUGGACACACUGCCUCACUCUUCCCCCAGUCUGAAAAUGGCUUGGAAGGGACUCAGACUGUGGUGCUGACUGAAAGCCCUGUCAAACCUCACCAAAGGAUGAGCUUUAGCCUACCCCUUAUCAACAAGGCCAGGCAGGUGUUUGUCCUGGUUUUGGGGAAGGGUAAGCAUGACAUCACCACCCUGGUCAGCAGAGUGGGCCAUGAGCCAAAGAAAUGGCCUAUCUCAGGUGUCAGCCCCAGCUCUGGACAGCUGGUGUGGUAUGUGGAUUAUGAAGCUCUACUUGGGUGAUUCCUUCACAAUGUCCCUCCUCCCUUGUCUGCGUGUCCCUUACAGCCUAGAUUUUCCUACACAACGUCCAUGUUUCUCUGUUGCCAGCAGCAGCUUCAUCUCUGACAAACUCCUCUAACCUUCUGGGAAAUCCAUGGCCUGCAGUGCCUCUGACAUUUGAGCCCGGAAAGGAGCUUGGCUCAGUGUUCUGAGCUAAGUAGGAGCCAAGAGCCCAGUGCAGCAUUUCUGGCUCUGCUGGGGAUUCUGACUGUGACUUUGGACAAAUUACCUCACCUUGAAGUGCCUCAGUUUUCCCUGUCAGGCCUUUGUGGUUAUUAGCAUUUAACUACCUCGCAGGCACUAUGGGAGACUUGUUAAAUUAACUACCUGCCAGAUUUUUUUGUUUGUUUGUUUUGUUAAAUUCUCAGGCUAGAAGACGUUAAUAACAUUUUCAUUCCCUGCCCUGCUCAGUCUGGCUGGGACAGAGUUGUUGUUUUGGUAAAAUGAUUUUCCUGUGCAUGUGGGCCUGUAGUUUUGUCUGUGCAGCUCAUUUUGGUGCCAGUGAGCCACUGCCUGUGGGUCUGCCGCCCUGGAAGCACAGACAUCCCUUUGCUUUUGUGGCACGUGGCCCCUACACGCUGACACUGAUUUGUGAGCUCACUGCAGUCCUGAGCCUUUGCAAAUUGCCCAGCAGAAGAGGCUGAGUUUAUAAGCAGUAAUUUGCUGCUUUCAUUAAGUGGAUAGCUGGUACCAUGGGGGCUGGAGAAGGAAGACACAUUGCUUUUUAGGCUGUUAGAAUAACGGGGACAGGGUGAGGAAUAUGGCAGUUCACAGAGCUGCUAUCUGCCUGCAGUGCAAUAAUUACUGAGGGAAAAGCUUAGUGUGCAGAGGAGCUGUUGGAGCUUAUCUAGCAAAGAAAUGUUUUCUUUAACUGUGUCUCAUUCUCUGAAAUGAGCUUUUCUCUGUCCUCAGAAUUAAAGCUUGCAGUGUCAGUCAGUGGCUUAUAACAUUUGUACAGGAAGCAGCUUUGUAAACCAUCAAGGUAUCUGUCAUUACCCCACACAUUAAGGUGCUUACAGUGUUUGCAGAGGGUGGAGGUAGAUUUGAACUCCAGGACACUGGCUUACAAGGGGAGGAAGUUUUCUCUGUACAUAUCUCUUGGGCACGUGGAAUAGUAAAUUACAUCUCUGUGUUGACAGGACAGCAUUAUGUGGUUGUAGAAAUGUCUAGUGUCAUUGCUCACAGGAAAGGUUGGAGACAUCUAGUCCUACCUAGAGACCCUACUCCCUUUACUAAUUCUCACCUUCCCAGAGUACUGCCAUACACAGUGGGGGUCUCUCUGCUUUCAUGAUAGCCCCAAAUGCUCUGUGAUCGUCUCUGAUGGGUAAUUUACCACAGCAAACCAGAGUGCAGCUUUUGGUAAGGAAAUCAAGACAGUACAAAAUGGGAGAAUUUGGUCUGAUGGGCCAUCUGGAGGCUAGAGGCAAAUGCAGUCAUUUAGGGCAGCACUAGAAUGGGACAAACUCCCUGCAGGAAGCUGGAACAUGGAUGUGGGACUGGCUGCCAGCAGCGAGGGUUCUGCAUAGGAGCAGAGACCACUUUCAAAGGGACUUCUCAAGGGGAAUGCUGGCCGUGUUCCUGUAGAGAGGUGGCUGUGUGUGGGUGACCGGGUGGAGCUGGUGGCUCCGAGGUGACGCAGGGCCCCCGAUGCUGACAGGAGGUGGCGCCCUGGCCCUGACGAGCGGCGCUCAGUUGUGUGCUGCUCUUUCAGCAGAGCUUGGCCACCCUCCGCUGCCCUGGAGCAUCACAAGGGAAAAAUGGGAGUCUGGUGACCCCUUAGGGACCUGAAAGUCUGCAGUGCAGGGAAAGAAAGAACCUUUGCUUUAGAAACCUGGACAAUAGGAAUUGCCUUCAGAUCCUUCCCUGUGCAAGGAUCUGCUAAAUCCUAGAGGUGAAGAGGGAAAGCUGGGUGCUUCGGUGUGAUAGCACUGGUGGGCAGGUCCAUAUAGCCUGUGCUCCCAGGUUCUCAAGUUGCCUUUCAGCAUAAUAAUUCUGGUUCAUGCAGAAAUCAGAACUGUUUUCUGCUAACUUCACAGCUGAAAGUGCACCGAGUAAGCUCUAGAGAGCCGCUUACUUGUCAGCAGUCCCUCGGCAAACAGAGCCAGUGAGAACAUAACCUGGCAGGAGCUCUGUGCAGCAGGCAAAAGCCAGAUUCUCAGAGACUGGCUGUGAUUUCUGGCAGACACCCUCCCCCCACCUCACAGAUAGUCCAGAAAAGCUGCAUUUUACUUUCUGUGUUUUCCUGAGCUGGGCUGAGUUGCGCUGCUGCACAUCACUUCGCUUUUGCAUGGAAAAGGAGGGAGUUGUG